AUUUAAAAGGAGCGCGUAAACUAAGUAAAAAGACAAAUAGGAUACCAUAUAAGCGGAGACUUUCUUUUGUGUUUGUGUGUCUCUGCGUGCCUUUCUCUCUCUUUUUCUCUCUUCAUUUUCAUUCCUCUCUGGAAUUUGUUACCACUUUUCCAUUGACUUUUUCACACAGACAGAGAGGAAAACAGAGCAAAACAGAGUAAUAAAAAAACAGAGAGGAAUCUGAGUUCCUGAGUUGGAACGACGAUUCCUCUAUCAUUCACGCAUGAAUUACCACCUUCUUCAUUUCCCUCAGGUUAUCUACUCCAAAGGUGGAGUAGGAUUGUGUGAUUUGAUGGAGGAGAGUAUCAAUGUGAUAUCGUCCGUGAAUUUUGUUUUUCGCAUCUAAACAGUUACUCUUGUGCCAACCAAAUGGAGAGUCAAGACCUGUUUCUCUCAAAGAAUGUGUUGAAGGGCAGAUUUUUGGUUUCACAUGGAGUUUAUCCACGUUGCCUGAUCUAUCUGUGAAGUUGGCAACUUAUACGAAUUUAUCGUAAGUUGUAAAGUAUAGUUGUCACAAUGGGUAGCUGUACCUCAAAGUCAAAUAGUAUGGUUAAGACUCCGAAGAAGUACCUUCGUAGAUACAGAAAAGGCCACAGCAAGGUUUCCACUUCCAUUCCUGAUGCACCUUUGAACGGGAUUGUUGAUGCUGGAAAUUGUGUAGGGGACUUUGCUGUUGGCAAGUUUGUUCAUUUCAAUUUCGAGAAUGGUGCUGCAACCACCCAUAGGAUAUCUGAAGUUUCUAAUAAGGCAUUUCAUCUGACCCAGCUCCCAUGGAACCAAAGUCAAAUUGGUGCAAAUGGAAUAUGCCAAGAAGAAGCAUGGUUUGACUCAGUUAGUGUUCUAGAAUCUGAUUCAGAUGAGGAAUACAGUAGUUUCCAUGGAGAUUCUUUUCAUUCAGUAGGUAAUGCAACUCAAUUGCUCCAGUAUGAAACUGCAUCUUGCUUUGUAGAUAGUGGGCAUAAGUAUGAGGAAUUUUAUGAAAGCUACCUGAAAUUAGAUGGAGGUGCACAUAACCCUGGAGAGAAAACACAAGAAAACAAUUUGAAGUCUUGCCAAACUUUGUCAAGUUCCCCUUCACUACAAAGAAAGCAAUCUGCAGUUAUCAUGUAUUCUUUUAAGACAAAGUCGUUAGAUAGAAUUGAAAAGACAGAAUAUUGUGCAUCUGAGAAAUUUCUAUAUCGUCCCAAAGCUGGACUGCAGAUUCCAUGUUCACCAGGAGAGAGGCCAACUUCAGGAUGCUGGUCUGCGGUGUCACCUUCAAAUUUUAAGCUCCGUGGCGAAAAUUAUUUCAGAGAUAAACAGAAAUUCCCUGCUCCAGACUGCAGCCCAUAUGUACCAUUUGGAGCUGAUUUAUUUGUCUGCACUCAAAAGAUUAAUCACAUUGCUCAACACCUUGAACUUCCUUCUGUGAAAGCACACGAGAAAGUGCCUGCAUUGCUAAUUGUUAAUAUACAGCUUCCUACUUAUCCUGCUACCAUGUUCCUUGGUGAGUAUGAUGGGGAAGGCAUGAGCCUUGUGAUAUAUUUCAAAGUAUCCGAUCAUUUUGAUGAAGAGAUCUCUCCUCAUUUUCAGGAAAGCAUCAAGAGACUUGUUGACGAUGAGAUGGAAAAGGUUAAAGGGUUUGCAAAAGAGUCCAUGAUUCCUUUUAGGGAAAGACUAAAAAUUUUGGCCAGUGUGGUUAAUCCUGAGGACCUCGAAUUGAGUUCUACUGAAAGGAAGCUUUUACAUGCUUAUAAUGAUAAGCCAGUGCUUUCACGCCCUCAACACAAUUUCUUCAAGGGGCCUAAUUACUUUGAAAUUGACCUUGAUAUACAUAGCUUCAGCUACAUAUCUAGGAAAGGAUUCGAAUCAUUUCAAGACCGUUUGAAGUACGGGAUACUUGAUUUGGGCUUAACCAUCCAGGCACAGAAACCAGAAGAACUGCCAGAGCAAGUUCUCUGUUGUGUGCGCUUGAACAAAAUUGAUUUUGUAAAUAGUGGUCAAAUACCAAAAAUAAGUUGUGACUUUGAAAGAUGAUUGAUUUGGAUAGGCACAUGCAGGGUAAUGCAUUUAGAGCCAAUGAUUUCUGUAACAGAAAAAUAAAGAGGCAUUUAUGUUGUAAAAGUUUA